CUCAGGUCUGGGGAUAUGCAAUGCUGGGGGUUGAACCUGGGCUGUCUAGUGCCCCAGGCCCCCAGCCCUGAGCCCUCCCUCCUGCCCGCAGGCCGAUGGAGCAACUCCUACAAGCUCCCCUACAGCUGGGUGGGCACAGGCCACGUGGUGUACAAUGGUGCCUUCUACUACAACCGCGCCUUCACCCGCAACAUCAUCAAGUACGACCUGCGGCAGCGCUACGUGGCCGCCUGGGCCAUGCUCCAUGACGUGGCCUAUGAGGAGACCACAGCCUGGCGGUGGCAGGGCCACUCGGAUAUGGACCUGGCCGUAGAUGAGAAUGGGCUAUGGGUCAUCUACCCAGCCCUGGACGAUGAGGGCUCAGGCCAGGAGGUCAUCGUGCUGAGCAAGCUGAACGCUGCUGACCUGAGCACGCAGAAGGAGACCACGUGGCGCACGGGCCUGAGGCGCCACCUCUUCGGCCACUGCUUUGUCAUCUGUGGGGUGCUCUAUGCCGUGGACAGCGCUAGCCAGCGCAACGCCAACAUCUCAUACGCCUUUGACACCCACACCAACACCCAGAUCGUGCCCCGCCUGCUGUUUGAGAAUGAGUACUCCUACACCACGCAAGUGAACUACAACCCCAAGGACCGCCUGCUCUAUGCCUGGGACAACGGCCACCAGGUGACCUACCACGUCAUCUUUGCCUACUGAGGUUCACCUUGGGCCUGCGGGCAGAGGAGCCGUGUGCCUGCGUGCGUGCAUGCGUGUGUGUGGGUGGAGGGAGAGAUUAUUUUGUAUUAUAUAUUGCAAAUGUCAGUUGACAAACUAGGGUCUAUUUUUUUCUUUUUUAAAAACUGGAUUGUAGAUCGAUCCACAAGUAUAUGUGCUGGUCUCAUCCUCACAAUGUAUAUUUUUGUGCAAAUCAACUUCUCCUUUCAGCCCCUUCACCCCUUCAGCCCCAGACUGUGCCCUGAAUAUUGUUUCUCACCAGGGUCUGAGUGUCAUAGGAGCAGGAGAGAAGGAGGCAGAAAGUAAGGGGUCAGGGUGGGGGAAAUAGGUGCUGGAGAAGUUUUAAAAAUCCAGAAAAAAAUGUUUUGUUUUUUAUAAUAAAGAAGAAGUUUAAAAUCA